AUGUCUUGAGACAAUCAAUUCCCUAUUGGAGAAUAGGAUGUCUUGUCUGUUGCUACUGGCUCCAGUCCACCACCAUGUUCGAGGUCCAUUCUUCAAUGAUUCCCACCACUCGCUGGACGUAAUUGGGCUUUCCCCUGGUCCUGCCAGCAGAAUCCAGGUCCUAAAAUCCGUGCUAGCCCUCUUCCCCUGAGAUGAUUGACUUUCAAACUUCCUCAACAUUCGACCUGCAUUAGCACCAAAAUGCUUGCCUCCGGAAACGGCACGUCUUGCUUGCUGCUUUGGUCAGUCAGCUUGCCGGUGCCCCUUCUUCCAGCGGACUGAGUGGAACCGUCUCCUCCGACACAGUCAGACAGAUUGCCAAGGAAGGCGUAAGCUGUCCUUCUUUUAGCAGGCAAGAAGUGUCUCCAUACUGGUAAUUAUUUUGUCGUUUUGCGCUGGUCGAGUAUGAAUAAGGGAACUGUUCGCACGGGUAUCAAAUCCCCUAAGCCGGCCCUUGAGGUUCACCCUUCUUAAGAGCAUGAAGUAGGUAGAGUAUGUAGCAUUCUCCUGUCAAGGCCCAACAAGGAAAUGCAUUUGCCGAUGGAAUAAGAGCUCCUCUCGCCCGAAUCCGUCGCUUCGACCCUCCAAGAUGCAAUGUUACGUCGGGAUUCAAGAUGCAUCCAUGCAGGCGAAUGUUGCUUCUGUCUCUUUUUGUCUGAAUUUGACCCAGGCAACAAUAUGGCCCCCAAAUCUUCCCAAUCCUUCCAUUGUGGUGGAUUUGGUUCCCUGCCGCACCUCGUGGGAAGCUGGUCGUUCACUCAGAGGAAUCGGAAUGGCGCUGUUUGAGGAGGCGGCCCACCGUCACCCUACGAGUCGAACUCCUUGGCGAAAGAAUCUCCCGAGGUUCAAGAGUGAAGAGUCUUUUAAUUUCUUCGGGUUUUAUGCGGGGGAAGGAUUCCAGCCGGUGGGUUUUUCGGUCGACCAACUUGAUUCAGUUACUUCACCGGUCGCUAGUUGAGGCUAACACACACUAAGAGAGUGGCGUGUGAGGCUGGAUUACCCGAGAUGUGGUCGUGCCCGCUUUCAUCCCGGCCCAACAACAUCCAUCGCUUGAAGAUCCAGCGCGAAUACGGCAUAGGUUCGUGGCCAUGCUAGGGUUAUAUUCUUCAAGAUUCUGCGCAGCUAUGCGUAUGACAAUCAGGGGGUGCCGGUGCCUCCCCGUUCCCUCCGCGCCGCACGGCAGCAACAGUGUAAUGCUAAGCAUACGCGCCAGUUCGGCGCAAUUUUGUAGUUUUUGCCCAGGGACGCAUAUCUUCAACAAGGUCCCUCCCCAUCCGUCCUCGUUUCUGUCGGAAUGGAGAACCCUUAGAACAACGUCCGAUCUUGCGACUCCUCUCAGCCCCUCCUUUGACGACACCAGCACGACUCGUCCGGCGUUCAAAUCCCUUUUUACCUUGGACCUGCUAGAGCAUCGCAGUCUCUCGGUUCGCUUUUUUAGAUCGCAAUGGCGGAAAUCGAGAACCGUGGACCGGAACUUGUGGCCGUUGGCAUAACACUUGUCACGACCGCCGUCAUAGCCACCGUCCUCCGAUGCUACGUUCGGCUCUUCCUCGUCAAGAACUUCGGAGUCGACGAUUGGUGUAUGCUCGGUGCUAUUACAAGUUUUAUUCUAUUCGUAUCAUGUGCGUUGACGGGCGUGCACUAUGGAACCGGUCGUCAUCGCAAGGACCUCGGCGAUGAGGAUUGGGAAUCCGCUAUGAUGUAUUGGUGGUACUGCUACCUUUGGUACUGUUUAGCAAUGAUCGCCUCGAAAAUUUCCAUCGGGUACUUCCUCCUGCGAAUCACGGUCCGAAAGAUUGAUAUCUGGAUCAUCUACAUCGUCAUGAUGCUGACGGUCUGCACCGGCGUUGUGUUCUUCUUCGUCACUCUCCUUCAAUGCCAACCAAUCUCCUAUUUCUGGAACAAGAGUACGCAGGACGGCCAUUGCGUUCCGAUGGACGUAAUCAUCGCUCUCACCUACCUUUACAGUGCCUUCAGCGUCAUCUGCGACUUCACAUUUGCCAUUCUGCCCAUUGUCCUUAUCUGGAAGUUGAAGAUGGACAAAAAGACAAAGAUGGCGCUUGUGCCAAUCAUGGCCAUGGCCUGCAUUGCCAGCGCUGCUGUCGUCGUUCGCAUGCCGUUUGUCAAGGACUUCAAGAACCCUGACUUUCUCUAUGCAACCGUAGACAUCGCAAUCUGGUCCACCACCGAGCAGGGUCUAGCGAUCACCGCAGGCAGCCUUGCAACCCUCCGCCCACUAUUCCGGCUUGUAGGAUACCGACUCGGCUUCACCUCCAUGGGUGCCUCCCAGCUCCACGACUCCGAACGUGGUGCCCCCUCCGCCAUGGGCGGCAAAAUAAAGAACGCCAGCAAUGGCAGCUCAGGCCACCAACGACGUGGGCCCUUCAGUCUCACCACCUUCAUGGCCAAAGAUGACGUCGACAGUCACGAGAUGGGUAGCAAUGAGUCAGGCCGGAGUCAACAGCAGAAGUCGACAAGUAAGCGCGCUCGCGGUUGGGAAUCGACAGGGAGGCCGGACAACGAAAGCGAAACUGAGCUCACAUUUGAAGCUUCCAAAGACUCAGGAGGGAGCGACCGCGACAACAUUGUCGUCGUCCAGACGUUUUCCUUACGGGAAGACCGCGUGUAAUCUUGGUCGUGUUUUGACCGCACCUAAUGAACAUAAUAAUCCACCACGUGAUGACAGGGAAACAGGAAAUAGCUUAGAGCACAACUGAACAAAUAAAUAGUCCACCACCGACUAUCUGCC